UUGGGAGUCAGUUGGGACGGCGAUGGAGUGGCACUGAAUGUCUGAAAGCGGUCCGUUGUAAACAAGCAUCCUUGAGUUUCAUCUUUCGUCGUCGCCCGUGAGCCGAAAGUGUCUGCAAGCUCUCCUCGUUUCCGGGCUUCCCCUUCGCCACACUUUCGCGCAGAUGUCACUAUUUGAAGCCACGGUGUUACAAUGGCUGAUGGGUUGCUCUCUCUGUCCUGGAACAACCAUAGUGCCACAUUCUGCCAUGCCCUGUCCUCUCUCAGAACCAAGAUAUGCAGAUGUAACACUCAGCUGUGAAGGCAAAUUCUAUGCAGUUCACAAAUUGGUGCUAUCAACAUGUAGUGAAUACUUUGACAACAUUUUUGAACAGACUCCAUGCAAGCAUCCCAUAAUAGUGUUAGCCAACAUUCAACAAGCUGAACUAGAAGCAAUUCUAAGUUACAUGUAUGAUGGAGCAGUGACCGUAUCACAGUCAAAUCUCCCAAGACUGAUUAAAGUGGCUGAACUCUUGCAAAUCAAAGGUCUUGCUGUACCAGAUGAACCUCCAAAGAACAUUAGUGCAGCUCAUCAUAGAAGACAGUCACAGGAUUCCAGUAGUGGGAAGAAUAGUCCAUCUCCAAGGACUAAGUUGAAUAAUGCUUCUAGUGAAAUUAGUGAUGAGCCUCUGCCCAAGCGAAUAAGAAGAGAAUCUGACUUUACACAAGUUGACCCUUUGGAAAGUCCUACAAGUGUGUCUAAUUCUCAGCAUCAGGAGGAUUCAGUGGAGUUUGCACUUGAAGAAAAGUAUGAUCCAGGCUCAGAAACUGUAGUAGAUGCAGAGUUAGAAUCACAGACACUGGUGUCUUCCCAGGAUUCUAACUGUGGAGAUUACAUAAAGAAAGAAGUGACGGAGCCACCAGAAGACAGUGAGUCAAGUAUUGCUGAUCCUGGGGUGACUUACAUUGAGAGGGGAUUGUCUGAUGUUUCUGGAGGUGACUCGCUGGAACCCUUGAAGCACACACAGUCGUCUGGUCUACAGUCACUCCUCAGACAGGAAUCAUAUUCUGAGGAAAUUAACACAACAGUGGCUGGACCUUCAGGCAUGCAAACUUGGUUUGGUAGUGAGCCUCUGAAUGCCCUGCCUGCAUCAAAGACAACUCUUGCAUCAGACAACCAGUUCUUUGGUUACACCUCACCUCAGCCAACGCAGAAACGGGUGGUGGUGAAUGGGAGCAACCUGAAGGAGACCUCACAGGGAAACACUGAGACCCAACAGAAUGCCACCAACACCACUGGACAAGAAAACAUAUACCAGUGCCCAUACUGCCCUCUCCAGUUACUAGAAAGUUACUACAAGGAUCAUGUGGAAUCUCAUAACACCGAAAAACCAUUUUGUUGUGAAUUUUGUCUCUUUCGCACAUCCCAAAAAGCCUCUCUUAAAGCUCACCUGAGAACACAUACUGGGGAAAAGCCUUACUCCUGUCACCUCUGUCCUUUGAGUUUUAGUGUUAAAUGUAACCUUAAGACUCACAUUCGUACUCAUACUGGGGAAAAACCAUUUGUGUGUCCUCACUGUCCAUAUCGCUGUGCCCACAAAAGUGAUUUGAAUAAACAUGUUGUCAGACACUGGUCAUAGCUAGCACCAAGCUGCAGAAUAUGAUUGGACAUCCCAUUAGUAUAAUGAAGUCUCUAUGAAUCAUUAAUAAUUAUUAUCAUCAUCAAACUAUAGUAUCAUCAUCAUCAUCAUCAUCAUCAUCAUCAUCACCAUCAUCAUCAUCAUCAUCAUCAUCAUUGUCACCACCACCACCACCACCACCACCACCACCACCACCUACUACAUGGUUCCAGUGUGAGACAAGUCCUCUUCCAAAGGUAAGGGGCACUAAGCAUGUAGCACCACACAUACAGAGUUUCCAGAGUGCAAGUCACAACUCUUCAACACAUAUCCAUUACUAGAAGAGGGAUUGUUGCAUGGAAGGAGAAAGAAAUCCAAAUUGUCUCUACAUGGUUGAGCAUUCCAACUUGGGAUCCAUUGCUUGAGAGAUAUGAAUAGUAACCACUAUAAUACUAACAACUCAUGAAUGGAAUGAUAAAUCUCCUUCAAGGUACAUAAAUUAUAAUCUUUACUCAUGCAUAUGCAAUAUAACAAAAAUAACAGCUUCAUCCUCAUAUUGCUGUUAGUUUCGAAGCCAGGAUAUAUAUAUAUAUAUAUAUAUAUAUAUAUAUAUAUAUAUAUAUAUAUAUAUAUAUAUAUAUAUAUAUUAUAUAUAGUGGAUUUUUCCUCUUAGUCUACAGAGCCCCAUCUUUGAGGAAUAGUGGACAGGUCCUUGACAGAAGAAUCAUGUCACUGGCACCAGAACACUGACAUAAUGAUGACUUAAAUUUUCACUAACUAGAACAAAAAGGUGUGUGUGUGUGUGUGUGUGUGUGUGUGUGUGUGUGUGUGUGUGUGUGUGUGUGUGUGUGUGUGUGUGUUCAUCAAAUGAUAAAUACUUUGUAUGUAUAUGUAGUUGUGUUUUUAUGUAUAAAAACAAAUAUUUAUUAACUACUUUAGUUAUUUUCAUCUCAUAUUAAAGGUUUUUUGUCAUAGUUAGGGUUAUAUAAACAAAUAAAUGCAUAAACUAUUUCAUUACUGAUAAGAUUAGAAAUGCUAAACAUUCCUUAAAUCUAGUCAGGCUUAUAGGAACACAGAUAUUGGAGUGUGCAGUGUUCUCUCAGUUAUUAAGCAUUCAGUACAUGCUGUAUUUUUGAAAAAAAAAAAAAAAAAAAAAUGUUGAAGCUUCAGUGAAGAAAAGUAAGAUAGGUAGUUAUAUUCACAAGAACAUUUGCUAUGACUGUAUGAGAGCAAUAAAUGAGGAAUUUAACAAAUAUGAAAGUAGUAAACAACAAGCAUUUGAUGUGUAACCUCAACCAGGGAAAUACAGAGCAGUAUUAAAGCUAUGAUAAUCACAAUAGCUGUCCUAUUAUAUGAAGACAAAAAUAGAAUUUUAUGAGUAUGUAAAGUCAUAAGUGAAGAGCAAACUAGGCAAUGAUGAUGUCACCUUUAGCUGGACAAUUUGAAUUUUACAUUUUUCAAGAAAGUGGCUCCAGGUCUGAGCUUAAUCAUGUAAAAUCAAGGAUUUAAUGAAAUUACCCUUUUCUAAUUCAUUGUACUGCUGUUCUUGAAGUGUAAUACUAUUGCAGGAAGCCAUGUAUUGAGAAAAAUGAAGAUGCUGAAGUAUGUGAUGAUGUAUGGUUCCCUGAAGGGAAUUGCCAUGUUCCUGAAGUUAUAUGUACAAAUGCCAUGGCACUCUAGUUGCAUAGACAAGCAAUUGGCGUGAAGGAAAAGUUAAAAACUUUACAAGUGAAUCACAGGAUAUGACAAGUUGUGUGGUAGUUUGGUUGUACAUGUGGUCAUUUAACUUUAUGUACUACUUACUAAUAUGCAAUAGUUAAAAAAAAAAACAUGCACGAAAACAAAGCUGAUACAAACUAAGA